CGAGUGUGACAGGUCCUCCCAAGAGGCAUGAGGCUAGGACCAAGUCCAGUCUGGGGAAGUCGGGGAAGUCCCUUGGGCCAUGGCUGAGCUCAGAAGUGGGGAACUGAAAGUGGCUGGAACUUGGGGAGCCUCCUGCUACACCCAAACCCUACCCCUGGAAGUAAAACAAGAAUUUCGGUCAUGCCCACCAGCUUGAAGGCUGCAUCCCAGCCACUCUCCCCACCCUCCCUGUGGAGCAUUUUCGCUGACCCUGCUGAGAGACCUGCACUCUUGGGGUGCUGGGCUCUGAGAGGGGAGAAGGGCCCUCUCUCUACAGUGACAAAGGAGCAGGGCUGCAAACCACCUACUUCCCAACAGCUGGAAGCCCCACACACUCAGGCCCCGCCCUCUGCAAUCACCCCUGGCACACCCUGGACCCCCAGCCCCAGUGACCAGGCUCUGCCUGAGUGCCCUCCAGGCACUCCACGCAAGCCUGCUUUAAACGGAUGAGUUCACCUGGGCAAGGACCCCAACUGCAAAUCCACUAUGGGGCAAAUCAGUGGCCCUUUGUUUCUGCCACGCAGUAAAGAGCCACUUGCUGACCAGCACACUGAAGCCCCCACCCCACCUUGGUCCCUUCUCAGGUGAUGGUGGCUCUGUCUUUCCAUCACCUGGGCCAAAUUGUGAGCCAUCCUGGUUUGCCCACACACACUGUGAGCCAUGCUGGUCUUCCAUACACACCAUGAGCCAUCCUGCCCACCCACCCCCCAUGCACUGUGAGCCAUGCUGGUCUUCCAUACACACCAUGAGCCAUGCUGGUCUCCCCCCACACACUGUGAGCCAUGCUGGUCUUCCAUACACACCAUGAGCCAUCCUGCCCACCCACCCCCCAUGCACUGUGAGCCAUGCUGGGCCACCCCCACUUCCAUGGUGUCAGCUCCACCCUACUUCCUGCAGUGGCCCCCUGACUGUCUCCCCUCUCCUGCCUUCAGCCCUCACCCUGCAGUCUCUGUCCUUGAUCCCCAUACAGCCCAUUCUCAACCCCGCAGCUGUGAGAACAUGGCUCCUGCCACCCCUGUAGCAGCCUGGACACAGUGCUAGAGAGUAUGGGUGAGAUGCUCUAGGCCUUGUCUGGCAGCUGCCCUCCUGGCUCCAGUGAUGGUUAGGCUGGUCGACAGGGUGCCUGAACGGUGGUUUUUAAUAAGAAGGUACUUUCCACUCCUUUCCCUCCAGCCCCUAGCUGAGGGCUCACUCUCACCUCCUUGGUGAGGACCUGCCUCACCACCUUCCUGGCCCCUCCAAGACCCCUCCCUGCCUCACUAAUACUCUUGAUUCCCCUACUUAAUUUUUUCCAUCGUGCUCAUCACAUUCUAAAUACUAUUAAAUUUCCUUUUUACCCCGGCCUGGAACAUAAGCUCUGGAUGGUAGGGACUGUGCUCACUGCUGGAGCCCAAGUACCUGGAACAGUGCCUGCCGCACACAGUAGGGGCCACUUAUGCCCAGUGCAGUGCUUUUCCAGACAAAGGCUAUGCUACAUCCUGUUCUGCGCCUUAGAAACUUAGCAGCGCACUCUUGAGGGUCUCUAACUGGCAGAGCAGGGGCUUGCGGUAGUUAUUUCCACAGACUGAUGGUUAUUGCCGGGUUGGCACUUCCAGAAUGAUGCAAAACCAUACCGACUAAGUAUCCAAGGUCACAUGCUGAGGCCCCUCCUGGUUGGUUCGUCGGGGUGGGAGGGUGUAGGAUGGGAGGGCCUCAGGCCUUUGGAGACAGCCGGGCUGACCUCCCAAAGCCUGAAUCACCACACCCUUCUGAGAGUCAUCUUUCGGACAUCUCCUAACAAAUCUUUCGGACAUCUAACAGAAAUCUUGCGGACAUCUCCUAACAGAAAGCGAGAACCCGUCUUCUGUCACCAUGAACCUUGAUAUCCAGUGUGAGCACCUGAGUGACACGCAGUGGAAGGAGCUCCUGCCCCGGAUCCAGCAGGUCGAGGUUAUCAGGCUGGAUGACUGCGGCCUCACGGAGGCCCGGUGCAAGGACAUCAGUUCCGCCCUCCAGGCCAACCCAUCUCUGACAGAGCUCAGCCUGCACAACAGCGAGCUGGGUGAUGCUGGAGUCUGCCAGGUGCUGCAGGCCCUGCAGGGCCCUGCCUGCAAGAUCUGCAAGCUGAGCCUCCAGAACUGCUCCCUGACGGCGGCCUGCUGCACGGUGCUGCCCGGGACGCUGCGCUGGCUGCCCACCCUGCUAGAGCUGCGUCUAAGUGACAACCCCCUGGGCGACGAGGGGUUGCAGCUGCUCUGCGAGGGGCUCCGGGACCCCCAAUGCCACCUGGAGAGGGUGCAGCUGGAGUACUGCAACCUGACUGCUGCCAGCUGCGAGCCACUGGCUGCGGUGCUGCCGGCCAAGCUGGGCCUCAGGGAGCUCGUGCUGAGCAACAACGACCUCGGUGAGGCGGGUGUCCAGGUGCUGUGCCGCGGCCUGCUGGGUGCCACCUGCCCACUGGAGACGCUCAAGCUGGCAAGCUGUGGCGUCACGGCGGCCAACUGCAAGGACCUGUGCAGCAUCGUGGCCACCAAGGACUCGCUGCAGGAGCUGGACCUGGGCGAGAGCAAGCUGGGUGACGCGGGCAUGGCUGCACUGUGUCCCGGGCUUCUCAGCCCCAGCUCCAAGCUCAAGACCCUGUGGCUCUGGGAGUGUGACAUCUCUUCCGAGGGCUGCAGGGAGAUCAGCCAGGUCCUGCGGGCUAAGGAGAGCCUGAAGGAGCUCAGCCUGAUGGGCAAUGAGCUGGGGGACCAGGGUGCACGGCUGCUGUGUGAGGCCCUGCGGGAGCCGGGCUGUCGGCUGGAGUCACUGUGGGUGAAGGCCUGUGGCUUCACGGACGCCUGCUGCCCAGACUUCAGCACGAUGCUGGCCCAGAACAAGUUCCUCCUGGAGCUGCAGCUGAGUAAUAACAAGCUGGGGGACACGGGUGUACAGCAGCUCUGCCAGGGCCUGAGCCAGCCCGGGGCCACUCUGCAGAUGCUCUGCCUGGGUGACUGUGAUGUGACAGACAGCGGCUGUACCGCCCUCGCCUCGCUCCUGCUCUCCAGCCGCAGCCUGCGUGAGCUAGACCUCAGCAACAACUGCAUGGGUGAUGCGGGCGUCCUGCAGCUGGUAGAGAGCCUCAGGCAGCCGGGCUGUGCUCUGCAGCAGCUGGUCCUGUAUGACACCUACCUGAGCGAGGCGGUGGACGACUCCCUGCAGGCCCUAGAGGAGAGCAAGCCUUCCCUGAGGAUCAUCUCCUGAGGAGGGGCUCCCACUGCGGCCCCCGCAAACACGCUGUCCAGGAUGGUGUCUUGGUCUUGGCCGCCUGCGCUGCCGCUCGCCCCAGGGCACGCUCUCAGCUCUGAGUGUCCUUCCUCGGUUUGACUAAAGGGAACUUCCUAAUUGACUUAUUUCCGUGGGAAAAUCUUAGACACUUUAUACUAAUAAAAGCGCUUUUUGGCA